ACCAAGGCAACCUCAAAAGCACAGUAACCCCAAGGUUCCAGGAAUCAGUAGACCAACCCUGCUCUUGUCUCUCUAAUAUGGCAAGGGUGGCAGCGCGUGCUAUCAACUGCCAGCUCGUAGAUAAAAAACCAGAUGUUUUCAGCAGAGAAGUUGGUGCAGCUAUUCCAGUUCAGGUUCCGGUUCCAAAAAUCAAGGCUAAUAUAGCCGAGAAUGGGAAGAUAGUGUUGCAACCAAGGCUGUGCACACUGAGGUCGUACGGCCAGGAUGGAUUUGGGGUAGUGAAGACUAGCUCAAGAAAGGACAGUGGAGAUCAUGAUGAUCAGGUGGUGUCUCCGUUUUUUGAAACUUUAUCUGAGUAUAUUGAAAGCUCUAAGAAAAGUCGAGAUUUCGAGAUCAUUUCUGGUCGACUUGCUAUGAUUGUGUUUGCAGCAACAGUAACAACAGAGGUGGUUACUGGGAAUUCUGUGUUUAGAAAGAUGGAUUUAGUUGGGAUUGAAGAAGCAGUAGGAGUAUGUCUGGGAGCUGUUACUUGUGCUGCAAUAUUUGCUUGGUUCUCUAGCGCUCGCAACAGAGUAGGCCGUAUCUUCACGAUUGGCUGCAACACGUUUAUUGAUUCACUGAUAGAUGAGAUUGUCGAUGGCCUUUUCUAUGAUACUGAACCCAGUGACUGGUCUGAUGAGAUUUAAGCAUACGAAGUGUCAGUGCAUUAUGCAGAAGAAGUUGAGCAUCUAAGGAAAUUGUGCUUCUAUUUUGCAGAUUGGUGUAUACAUAUCUCAGGAAUCUCUGUAAAAUUAUGGAUUUUGAUUUUCAUCAUGUUGUAUUUUCUUUGACAAGUACACGAAGAGUUGAUCGUGGUUUAUCCUCGAUUACAAUGAUACCUAUAGUAACUUUCAGUGUAUACUACACAUAAACACGUGCUUAAGUCUUCCGUAAAGUCGUCUGUCCUGCACGUAAAAUGAAAUUUACUCAUUUCUUUUGUGUUUA